ACGGCCCAGGCCAGCGCCAACUGUGAGUUCGGCAUGUCCAGGGUAGGUAGCCAUCGCUAGAGUGCACGCGACGCACCAAAACGACCAGUUGAUUAUCUCCCCUUCUUCAUACGCGUCAACGUCAACCCUUCUCCGCACUCAGCACGAGGCCUUGCUGGCGACCAUCCCCUUUGUCGCUGCCGCUGAGAAUACAAGCAUGUACGCGAACGAGGAUCAACUUGUUCGCUGGCUGUCCUCCAUUCCUGAAUUGCCAAGUUCUCACAAUCCCGUCCACAUCCUCGACAACGAAGAUGAAGACGCUUCCCACACGGGCAGUAGCAGCUUCUUGGUCUUGGAACAGUCAAUGGCCGUGGAAAACAACGAUACUCCGCGUGCUAAUAGGUUUCUAUCAAAACAAACACAAGAAUUGGGCGGAUUAGUGGCGGAUGGUGGCCACAACAGCCCGACGCUUGCCUCGAGCGCCUCGAAUCGUUCAGCCUGGGUGUCGAACGGCUCGAUACCCGUAUCGAACCGAUCGUCUCCUUCAAAACAAUUCCGCAGCGCCGAGAUGCAAGACGCAGGAUUCAAGGUAGGGAACUUCCGGGUGGACCAACAUCCGGAGUCCCUCAAGGAACUCCGGCUGCAACUACGAGACAUCGGCUCUGGCCACCGAAUUCUCCCUGCUUCCUUGCAGACCGAGUUAUGGGACUCAGAGUCAGAGAUACCGGCCUACGCUUUCGACACGGACGAAGCGACUCGCGCAACCACCAAGGCCUUGGCGACAAAUCUACCUUCACUUUCCUGGGUUCAGGGGCUCGUGUCUCGUGCGAACGAGUGCCAUGCCGACAGAGAAUGCGAAGCAUCAUGGAAUGCAGAUGUACACUCGCCCAUCCUCGAACAGGUCUUUCGAUCCGACCGGUUCUCUAGCCGUGACUUGGUCGACUUUCGGUUCUGUCCCUCGGCUCAGAUUCUUCCGUGGUCCAAGCCCCGAGACGCGCCCUCCAAGAUGGUAGAUUUUUGUAUCUUCAUACGUCCCAAACUCGACAGCCCUGAGGAACGAGCCAUCAACAGCAUCUGCCAGUUACGGCCGGGACUUUCGAUUAAUCAUACCGACUUAGGGAACUUUUGCAAACACCCCAUCGCUCUCUCCAUCGAGACUAAGCGUCCGGCGGAACAUGGCGACAAGGCCACAUUGCAGAUGGGCACCUGGCACUCAUCCCAGUGGCGCAGCCUACGAUACAAUCGCAAUUGUUCCUCUCCUCAAUCCAUAGAGUUCCUCCCCGGUGUCAUAGUUCAAGGGCACGACUGGCAGUUCGUCGCGACGAUCCUGGAUGAGAGCGGCAAGGCUCGGCUCUUGAGGACGGUCCGUCUCGGCGGAACAGAAUCGGAGUUGACCGUCUACUCUCUCGUCAUGGCAUUGCAGCGUCUUCGUCGCUGGAUCAAGGAGGUGUAUUGGCCGGCAUUCGUGUCGGAUAUGCUGAAAGACUCGCUUCCAGGAUAACCACAUCCACACUAGAUAGGAAUCGUCAAGAUCCCUCAAGCUGCUCGACGAAAAAAAGUCUUGUAACUGUGAAAAAACCUACUCUACUAAAGGUUGCUCGUAAUCUGUCCAAACACACCCAAACGGGUGUAUGCUCGCUGUUGUGUCCCAGGCAGCUAAUUCAUUGCCUCAGUGUCUCUCAGGCCUCGGCGACUAAACGAGAGCUGGCAACUAUUAAUACGGCAAAAUCUGGUGAUAAAC